AAGGUACAUAAUUCAUCAUCUACCAUUUAUUGAUUUCUUUACAGUGAAGUCCAAAAAAAACACAGAAAGAAACAAACAAAAGCGAGUUCACAGUAGCGGAAGAAGAGCUAGCAGAUUCGAUUGCCUGAGAAAUCGAGGCCUUGAGCCACUUUGAACAACUCCCAUUUCUCCAAAUUUGGAUGCCCAGACCCUUUUUUGUUGUGUAAUAGAUAAAAGCUUUGAUUUUUAACCUCUGGGUAUAUUUAUUACCAAUUAUUUGUUCGUAAUGCGGAAAAGUCGGCGAGUUUUUGUCGAGCCGGAGCCGAUCGGAGAAGCUCCCGCGGCGAUUUGAUGGAACCUGUGUGGUUUGGAGUAGCGGCGGUGGUCUUGAAAGCUUCGUUUAAUGGAGUUGAAGAUUUGGUGUUGUAGUUUAUGUAGUACUGUUAGUGUUUAUUCAAAGCCGGGGCUUUCGACUAAGCUCCGAUUUCCAAUCUCUCUUCUCCAGGUUGUAUUGCUGUUACUCUGCUUAGAGUCUGGACAUGCGAUAAUCCAUGAGCAUCAGGUACCGAGGCAAAGGGCGGAAAAGCAGAAUGAAGAUAUUGUAUCUCAUUCUUGUAUUCAUGAUCAGAUAAUUGAACAGAGAAAGCGACCUGGUCGCCGGGUCUAUUCUGUUAGCCCUCAGGUCUAUGAGGAGUCUUCUGUCUCGGAGCCUCUUCAUCGCAGGGGAAGGGCAUUGUUGGAAUUUUCAAGGAAACCGAAGGAUGCUAUGCAACCCAUUAGAAUUAUUUUAAAUUAUGAUGCUGUUGGUCACUCAUCUGACAGGGACUGUCAAAAUGUUGGAGAUGUUGUAAAGUUAGGAGAGCCACCUGGUGCUUCAUAUUCUGGUACACCUUCUUGUAAUCCGCAUGGGGAUCCUCCAAUUUAUGGUGAUUGUUGGUAUAACUGUACUUUGGAUGAUAUAGCCGGGGAGGACAAAAAGCACCGCCUCCGCAAGGCUCUUGGGCAAACAGCGGAAUGGUUUAGACGUACAUUAGCUGUUGAGCCUGUAAGAGGGAACUUGCGGUUGAGUGGAUAUUCUGCUUGUGGACAGGAUGGUGGUGUACAGCUUCCUAGAGAAUAUGUGGAAGAGGGAGUAGCUGAUGCAGAUCUAGUUCUUUUAGUUACUACAAGACCUACUACAGGCAAUACCCUUGCUUGGGCAGUAACAUGUGAACGUGAUCAAUGGGGUCGUGCUGUGGCUGGGCAUGUUAAUGUUGCUCCUCGCCACUUGACUGCUGAAGCGGAAACCCUACUUUCAGCUAGUCUGAUACACGAGGUUAUGCAUGUUCUAGGAUUUGACCCACAUGCUUUUGCACAUUUUCGUGAUGAGAGGAAGAGAAGGCGUAUUCAGGUAACUGAGCAAGCCAUGGAUGAAAAGCUUGGAAGAAUGGUAACAAGAGUGGUGCUUCCUCGAGUGAUCAUGCAUGCUCGCUAUCACUAUGGGGCAUUCUCAGCAAAUUUUACUGGAUUAGAGCUUGAAGAUGGAGGUGGACGUGGGACAUCAGGAUCUCACUGGGAGAAAAGACUUUUGAUGAAUGAGAUCAUGACUGGCUCAGUUGAUACGAGAUCAGUGGUUUCAAAAAUGACCCUAGCUCUACUCGAGGACAGUGGAUGGUACCGAGCUAAUUACAGCAUGGCUGAUCGGCUUGACUGGGGCCGCAACCAAGGAACAGAGUUUGUUACUUCCCCCUGCAAUCAGUGGAAGGGGCCAUAUCAUUGCAACUCAACACAGUUGUCUGGAUGUACAUAUAACAGGGAGGCAGAAGGUUAUUGUCCUAUUGUAAAUUAUAGCGGUGAUCUUCCUGAAUGGGCUCGUUAUUUUCCACAGGCUAACAGAGGUGGUCAGUCAUCAUUAGCUGAUUAUUGCACAUAUUUUGUGGCUUACUCUGACGGAUCAUGUACAGACACUAACGGUGCACGUGCUCCUGACCAGAUGUUAGGUGAAGUGAGGGGAAGUAAUUCAAGGUGCAUGGCUUCAUCAUUGGUGCGCACUGGGUUUGUACGUGGUUCUAUGACCCAGGGAAAUGGUUGUUAUCAGCAUAGGUGUUUGAACAACUCACUACAGGUUGCUGUAGAUGGCGUUUGGAAAGUUUGCCCACUUGCUGGUGGACCUGUCAUAUUUCCUGGGUUUAACGGUGAGCUGAUCUGCCCCGCUUAUCACGAGCUUUGUCAUGUAAACCCAGUCUCCGUCUCUGAUCAAUGCCCCAGUUCAUGCAAUUUCAACGGGGAUUGCAUAGAUGGAAAAUGUCACUGUUUUCUGGGGUUUGAGGGACGUGAUUGUAGUAAACGUUCCUGUCCCGGCAAUUGUAGUAAGCACGGCAAAUGCCUUAGAAAUGGUGUUUGUGAAUGUGAAAACGGGUUCACUGGCAUUGAUUGUUCCACAGCUAUUUGCGAUGAACAGUGCAGCCUUCACGGUGGUGUCUGUGACAAUGGAGUUUGUGAGUUCCGCUGCUCGGACUAUGCUGGUUACACGUGCCAGAACAGCUCGAUGCUCCUCCCGAGCCUUUCGGUUUGCCAAGAUGUUUUGAGGAAGGAUGCUCUCGGGCAACACUGCGCUCCGAGCGAGUUGAGUAUCCUGCAGCAGCUUGAAGAGGUAGUCGUGAUGCCCAAUUACCACAGACUAUUCCCAGCUGGCCCUCGAAAAAUCCUAAACCUUAUUAGAGGUCGAGACUGCGAUGGAGCUUCCAAGCGACUAGCUUGUUGGAUCUCGAUCCAGAAGUGCGAUCAGGACGGUGACAACAGGUUGCGGGUGUGCCAUUCAGCAUGCCAGUCGUAUAACUUGGCGUGUGGAGCGUCGCUCGACUGCUCGGACCAGACGCUAUUUAGCAACGAUGGCGAGGGCGAAGGCGUGUGCACAGGGUGGGACGAGUUGCGGAAAUUUUAGCGGCGCGUUUCGAGGGAGUUUGAUGUAAAUUGUAGGCAGAUGUAGUGCAAUUUCUUGUUUUCAUCUUUGUCAUUGGCUCAAGUGUAAUGUUGCAUUAGUGAAUAGUUUCUUACCCCGGCCUUAGGGAAAAUGUGGCACGAAGUGCCCAUUCGCCAUUGUAGAGUAGUUUUCUUCUUUUUGGACUUUCAAAAAUGAAGGUCUCUUUAUAGAGAAAGUAAUGAAUGUUAAAUAGGAGAAUACUAUUCGGCCGAAGGCCUUCAGAAAAUGAAAAGAAAAAAAAAUCUUUGUUUUAUUUU